AUGGCACCACCACAGCAGCAGCAGCAGCAGCAGGACCGGCACACCUUCUAUGCGGGGAAGCCGCAACCGGACUCGGAAUCCCCAGGCACCUUCCAGUCCAUCGACCCUGCGACGGCAAAGCCCGUCUGCACCAUCCACACCUCGUCCCCGGCCUCCAUCAACGCCGCCGUGGACGCCGCAAAGGCCGCCUUCCCCUCGUGGUCCGCCACGCCGCCCAUUGAGCGCUCCCGCAUCCUGCUGCGCGCCGUCGCCAUCCUGAGGGAGCGCAACGACGAACUCGCAACCGUCGAGACCCUCGACACCGGCAAGGCCUUCUCCGAGACCCAGUACGUCGACGUCGUCACCGGCGCUGACGUCCUCGAGUACUAUGCCAACCUCGUCGCCUCCGGCGGCCUCAACGGCGAGUCCUUCCGCCUGAGGCCCUCCGCCUGGGUCUACACCACCAAGGAGCCCCUCGGCGUCUGCGCGGGCAUCGGCGCCUGGAACUACCCCAUCCAGAUCGCCCUGUGGAAGUCGGCGCCUUGCCUGGCCGCCGGCAACUGCAUGGUCUACAAGCCCAGCGAGUUCACCCCGCUGCACGCCGAGUACCUCGCCUCCGUCUACAAGGAGGCCGGCGUGCCGGACGGCGUCUUCAACGUCAUCUACGGCGCCGGCGACGUCGGCGCCCAGCUAACCUCCCACCCCGACAUCGCCAAGGUGAGCUUCACCGGCCAGGUGAGCACGGGCAAGAAGGUCGCCGGCUCCGCGGCCGGCGGCAUGAAGUACGUCACCAUGGAGCUCGGCGGCAAGAGCCCCGUCAUCGUCCUGCCCGACUGCGACGUCGAGCAGGCCGUCGACGGCGCCAUGCUCGCCAACUUUUACAGCUCCGGCCAGGUCUGCACCAACGGCACGCGCGUCUUCGUCCCCAAGACCCUCAAGGCGCAGUUCGAGAAGCUCGUGCUCGAGAAGAUCCAGUACGUCCGCGCCGGCGACCUGUUCGACCCGGCCACCAACUUUGGCCCGCUCAACAGCAAGACCCACCUCGAAAAGGUGCAGGCCUACGUCCGCAAGGGCGUCAUGGAAGACAAGGCGACGCUGCUGGUCGGCGGCGCCACGCCGCCCAAGGGCCUGCCCUCGGCGUACCAGGCCGGCUUCUGGAUCCAGCCGACCGUCUUCACCGACUGCACCGACGACAUGACCAUUGUCAAGGACGAGAUCUUUGGCCCCGUCAUGAGCAUCCUCACCUACGACACCGUCGACGAGGCGGUGAGGCGCGCCAACGACACCGACGUCGGCCUGGCCGCCGGCGUCUUUGGCAGGGACGUCGACCAGUGCCACAAGGUCAUCUCCCAGCUCGAGGCCGGCAUCACGUGGGUCAACACGUGGGGCGAGUCGCCCGCCGAGAUGGCGGUCGGCGGGUGGAAGUCGAGCGGUGUGGGCGUCGAGAACGGCCGCAAGGGCCUCGAGGCGUGGGUGCGCAACAAGAGCACGCUCGUCGAGAUGGGCGGGAGCGUGCCCACUGUUUUCUCCAAGUUGUAA